UGACAUUCCAAGGGAGGUCUUUAGCACACGCGAUCAUUCAACCCCGAGCUAGCGGCAUUAACGGAUGCACUACAUAUUGCCUAAGUGGUCGUUGAGCUUUUGAUUCCGUUUCCAUGUGACUCUGGCCCAUGUGGCUCCGGUUUAUUUGUGCGUGUGGUACGGCUUGUAGAUCGCACCUUACUCCACCAGUGAAGAAAGAGGUGAAGCUUUUCGGCGUGCGUCGCACACGCGCAUACAUAGCUGGAGGAGCAAUUUCCGUCUAUAUAGAUCGCGAUAACAAGCCCACGUUUUUGCCUAAUCAGGUCACAUCUGCACGCUCACAAAUUGGUGCAGUGCUAGUAUCCAGUCCAGUCCUGUGAUAAGUGGAAUAAACCGUGUGCGGUCUGGUUCUUUACAUACUAAGGCGAGAAUAGUGCGGUUUAUACUAUUACUAUCAGGAUUCCAGUGCCUGCUGGAAUUUCGGUUAGGGAGUUGUUAUCAGUCAUCUUGUCACUAGAUACCAGGAUAAUCCAUUAAAUACAAUCAUGGUCUUCCACAAGAAUAAAGAUACCUCUAAACUAGACAUAUAUUCCAUCCACUGGAAACCACUUCUAUAUAUAGCCCUUCUGGACAUGAGUCACCGCGGUGGUUCAAUCCAUCGGAAUCACGAUGUCAAUGUAACCUCGUAAAAAUGCAACGUCAAUGUAACCUCGUAAAAAUACAACGUCAGUGUAACCUCA